GAAGCCCAAUUUUCAAUCUCAACUUUAUUUUACUUACCAUUUCUUAGUUUCAUAUUCCAAUUAAAUCACAAAACCACCCGCCAUAGCCAAAACUUGUAUGAAUGGUCUGACUCACCUGGGCACCCGCUUCAACUCGCUCGACUCGCACCGCCUACUCGCCACCUUCUCCACGGUCGCUCUACGUCGUCCUCAUACCUUAAACGUCGUCACCUUUUCGCCUCUCUUGAAAUACCCAACCCUUCGCAAACUCUCAAAUUCACGUUCCUCCAUUUCCGUCAUACGUCCUCGAUCUGACCCCACCCGGCCGUCGAUGGAUUCACAGUCACCGGAAAUUGAUGCGGCGGAGGGCGAGGAAUUUGUCAGCAUCGAAGGCGCUACUGCUGAGGAUUUGACAGAUAGCAUUGUUCGCGUUGAUGAGCCGAGGGAGAACGUAGCUUUCACGAGCUCCGCCGAGGCCCCAAUCGAGGAGAAUUCGGAGCGAAGAAAUGUUCUUCCCGACGAACUAUCGAGGAGUGUGGUGGUGCUCCAGUGUGAAUCGUCGGCAGAGGGUGGCGUUUGCGAUGUGUACCUGGUCGGAACUGCGCACGUUUCAAUGGAAUCUUGCAGAGAGGUAGAAGCUGUUAUCCGCUAUUUGAAACCAGAAGUUGUCUUCUUGGAGCUAUGCUCAAGCAGGGUGGCGGUGCUUACUCCUCAGAAUUUGAAGAUACCAACAAUGGGAGAAAUGGUAGAUUUGUGGAAGAAAAAUCAUAACCUUUUCGGAAUACUAUAUAGCUGGUUUCUUGCUAAGGUUGCUAAUAAGUUGGAAGUUUUUCCUGGUACUGAGUUUCGUGUGGCAUAUGAAGAAGCUAUGAAGUAUGGUGGUAGGGUGAUACUUGGUGAUCGUCCAGUGCAGAUUACACUACGAAGGACAUGGUGGAAAAUGCCACUUUGGCAUAAGAUUAAGCUGAUCUAUGCUCUGCUUUUCCAAGCAGUCUUUUUACCAAGUUCGGACGAACUUAAUAAAAUGCUAAAAGAAAUGGAUGAUGUUGACAUGCUGACUCUUGUCAUUCAAGAGAUGAGUAAGGCAUUCCCCACUCUGAUGGAGACUCUUGUACAUGAGCGAGAUCAGUACAUGUCGUUAAAAUUACUAGGAAUUGCCAGAGAGCGAAGUUUAGUAGUCGCAGUUGUUGGAAAGGGGCACCUGCAAGGAAUUAAGAAGCAUUGGCAGCAGCCUGUCGUGUUGAAGGAUCUUAUGGAACUUCCCACACAAAAGGCAAAUGCUUCUCGUGGAAAGGUACUUAAAACUUUUGGUGUUGCAGUUGUUGGGGCAGCCAUUAUAUCAGGUAUCUAUCUUGCAUGCAAGAAAUGAAUACCGACUUUAUUAGUGCAAGAAGUUUACGCAAAUCUGAAUACAUGUGAAUUUUUUUAAUUGGUUAGAAAUGGGCAUAAGGCAAGAUGCUUUUGACCAGGGUAUAGAUACUUCAUAAGACUUAGCGCAGAAAUGUAAUUGCUUCCAAGUCACCUUACGUUCCAUUUGUAUCUUCUGGAAUUCGUUUUACUUCUUCCCAAAAAAAAAUGUAAUUGAUAAAAGAAAAAGAAAAAAAGAACCUUUUGAGAUAUGUUAUAGUUGUCCUUUCUGUUUAUUUAUGAUUAGGUUAGGAUAUACAAAUUACUGGUGUCAAAUUCGUACGUAAUUAUUAUCUUUGAAAACUAGCCAUUUUAUUGCUA